AUGAGGCUGUUGCUGGUUUUAGGGCUGGCCAUAUUGGUUGCCUACGUAGCGGGUACUGAAGAUGAUUCUGUGGAAGAUUAUGACUAUGACUAUGACUAUGACGAUGACGAUGAUGACUCCCUGGCUGAGGAAGGAGAAGAAAGCGCUGAUUUAGAAGAUAAAAGCGAUGAGUUAAAGGUAGAAAGCGAUGAGGAUUUAACAGACAGCUCAGGAAGUGGCAUUUCAGCUACUUCGGGCAGUGAUGGGGACGGUGCCGGAAGUAGUUCCGGAAGUAAUGCCGAAGACAGUUCCGGGACUAGUGCCGAAGUCAGUUCCUCUGCUAACACCUCCAGUAAAGCGAAAACAACAAAAAAACCAAAUGUCUCCAACGGAAAUAGUGCAAAGAAACCCGCUGCUCGCAGGAACAGACGACGCAGGCAAACCACCGUAGCCCCACGACGACAAACCACUGCUGCCCCAAAACGCCAAGUAGCCGCUGCCACGCCCGCCAAAAGGCGAACACCAGUGGCCAAUAAGAAGCAGACACCUGUGGCCGCCAGGAAGAAGACCAACGCUGUUGCCAACAAAAGCAAGCGCACAGGCUAA